AUGGCUAAGAUUAUUGCGGACGAGCAAGAAUAUUCACAUAAUCAGCCAAGUCCAAAGCGUGUCUUGAAUGACGAACAUAUUGAAAGUGAUGGAUUUUUAAAGAAAAGACGAAGUGCGGACGAUUAUCGAUCAACUCUUCCAAACGAGAUCAUGAUUACCAACGAGGGGACUUCCCAACGAAAGAGAUACGAUAAUGAUUUUCCACCCUGUGACGAAGAGGAUUUCUCGUCAGACUCCGACUCUGAGAUUAUUGAAACUUCUGUCGAGCUUAAGAGGAUUCUAGACCAAACAGUCGAAUCGGAUGCACCCCGCACUCCCCCUCCUCGUCAAGCUCAAAUUCAGUUUAAUAACGAGGAUAACGAUUUACAUGAUCAAGAUAGGAACGAGAAUGCAUCAACCGAGGUUCAAGAUGAGAACGAGAAUGCAUCAAUCGAGGUUCAAGAUCUCAUCACAAAGAUGGAAAAUGUAGAUCAUCGUCUUUUCGAAUAUCGUAUUGUCAACCUAUCCGAAAAAAGUCUCAUAGAUCCAGUAAAUAAAGUCUUUUCGGAUGAUGAUAAAAAAAGAAUGAGAAAAUUCUGGGAAGAGAUGGAGCCAUCGGUCAAAGAGAAGCAGAAUACAUUGCGUCGACCUAGGUGGGAAAAGAGUAUCAAGCCUCUAAUUGACAAGUAUGCGCUUGCUGUUGAGGUGAAGCCAGAAUCGGUUUUUGAUGAAUAUGUUCAGCCACCACCAAAAAUUAUCUUCGAAAUACCAUUCGAGGGCGAGUUUGAUUUCAAAAAACAUUAUGACUUGUUAUGGGUACAAGAUAUCUAUCGGCGAUUCAUGUUCUUGUUCGCCAUAUCUUUUAACAUGCUUCGCGAUGCAAACACAUUGGAGGUAGCUUACAGAGAAUCAUUUGUUAAUCCUAAAAUUCCCAAGGCAUUCGAGGAUGUGAAUGACAAGAUCAG